GGGCGCGCCGUGUGAUGUGGGGAUGUCAACAAGAAACGCUCUGAUUCGUCGGUGAUUCCAAACUAUCUUCUCCUCCAUGUUCUCACCAUCUUCCAUGUGAUUGAAGCGGAAAAUGGAGCCUAGAUGAGAAAAUGAGCUCCCUUGGUUCUGGAGGGAGUCCCCAAAGAGAAUUAAUCACGACAUCGUCAUCAUAUGAGCAACAAGUCAUUGUAGAUUUACAAUGUCAGCUUAGACAACUUGCUAAGCAGAACAGGGAUUCGGUGACCAAGGCUUUAUCUGAUCCAGAGGGUGUAAGAGCAUCACACCCAAUGGCUCUGGUGAAUCCAGCUAGAAAUGCUACUCACACAAGUCAACCUGUACUAUCUCACUUGAGUCACCCGGCAGUAACUCACUCUGAGAAUGUUGGGCAAACCUCACACAACGAAGCUGAGCCAUCAAGCUUCAUCACUGCUCAUGUGACGAGUGGCCAGCCAGCUAGUGUUCCCAAGCUUCAUGAUGUGUCCUAUUCAAACCUGACUCAGAGCCAAUCCAACCCUGUGAGGUAUUCUGGUUUGUUUCCAGGCACCAUGCAAGUUUCUGUCAGUGAUAACUUUAACCAGAAAGAGUUAGUCAAUGAUGGUUACCAGAGGGCACUGUCUAUUGGAGGAGUUGAUACAAUCAAUACACAGCAGAGGAAGGAGUCUGUUGAACUGUCCAUAAGUACAUCAAACAGGGACUUUCUCGAGAAGCAGCUCGAAGACGCCAAAGCUAAGGUUUUCCAUCUUGAUUCUAAACUAAAAGAGUGCAAUGAUAUCUGUGAGCAGCAGAAGCUUCACUUUAGGACGGCCAUCGUUGACCUCCAGACCAAACUAAAUGACACCAUCGUAGGCAGGAACUCAGUUCUAGAACUUAGACGUCAAGAGGCUGAGAGUCAAGAGCGUUUGAUCAACCAGCUACAAGUAACAUUUGCUGAUGUUGGAGCCACCAAUCAGCAACAAGCUCAGGCUUUUGAGGAUGCCAGUAAAAGAGUUGCCAACCUAGAGGUUCAACUCCAGUCACAUAACUCCACCAUGUCAGAGGUUCAUACACUGACUAUCCUACAUGCAACCAAGCGAGGGCUCACUCCCAAGGCCUACUCUAACCCUAUGGACUAUGAGCACAUUGGGAGUGAGUUAAAGGAGGUGCUGGACUUCUAUGAGAAAGAGAUAGAAGGGAUGGGAAAGAAGAUUGAGAAGGCAGAGAGGGAGUUGUCUGAAACACAAGAGCAGUUUGCUGAGAAAUGGAAGCAGAGCGGAGAAGAACAAAAGCAAAUGUUACGUAGGCUAAGUGAAGAGCAUGAGGAACAACUGAGUGCAUCAACAGAGAGGGCGCUAAAUGCACGUAAGCAGACACUCAGCCUGCAGUCGCAACUAGCACUAACACAGGAGCAUAUGCAGCAACAGCUUGAGUUGAAGACUAGUCAUGUUGCUGAUGUGCAGAGCAGACUGGAGGAGCUGCAAAACCAAACGGAGACCACAAGAAAUGAGCUACAAACAAAGUGUGAUUCAUUGACCUCUGAACUGCAAACUGCCCUCGAUCAAUACCAAGAAGCUGAUGAGGAAAAACAUCAACUACUUGAGAAAAUUUGCAACCUUGAACUUGAACUGCAAGCUGCAAAAGAGUCUACUUCUAAAGCAGAGGCAGAUGUAAAAUCAGCAAAGGAGGAGAAUAGCAAACUUUGUAACCUUGAGGAGGAGACUAACAUCAGAAUAAAUGAACUCAAUACCAAGCUGGACAUGAAGAGCAGUGAAUGUGAGGAGCUUAGCAGGCUGGUAGAAGAGGCUAAGGAGCAGUCAGAAAGGCACUUUGACCAAAAGAUUUUAUCAAUGCAGGAAGAUCACCAUCAGAGAAUGACCUCUUUGACCCAUGACCUGACCUCUCAGAUCAAUGACCUCACCAUUAAACACAACACCCGUAUGGCUGAGUAUACACAGAAAGAUUCUGAGCAUCAGGACCUGCUACAGUUUAGAGAAGAUUUGAUCGGGAAGCUGAAGGAAGUCCAGCAAGAAUUACAACGAGAGACAGAUGAGAAGGGGAAGUUGGCACUAGACUUAGCAGACAAACAGCAUGAGAUGGAUGUGAUGCAGAGAGAGAAGGUGCAAUAUCUGGCAGUAUUAGAGGGGAAGAAUAUUGAGCUUAGUCAAGUACAGACUCAGAAAGAUCAACUCCAUCAACAGGUGAAUAAGAGAGAUGAGGAGUGUGUAAGAUUGAAAGAGCAGACGUCUAGUAUGGCCCAGCUGGCUGAAGUAGCCAGUAAGGUCAGUGAAGACUGGGAGCAGGAACGAGAACACAUGAAGGAACGACUAAAGGAACUGACAAAGGAGCUCCAAGAAUUGAAAGGUCAGCAAGAGGUCAUCUUGAAGAAGCUGAAGAUACGAGAGAAGAGACUGCGAAAUGUUGAGGAAGAUAACAAGAGAUUACAGGAAGAGCUCCAGGGUACAGCUAAGGAGUCUGAGACUGUUGUAAGGAGCAAAGAAGAGCUAGAAGCUGAACUCAAACAAGCAAAGACCAAGAUUGAUAUGCUGAUUAUCGAGCAAGACAAGAUGAAAGAUGACAUGAUGGAGAAAGAGCAGAGUUAUCAAAAAGGCAUCUCUAAGUAUCGAUCCAAGAUUCACACUCAACAUCGAGAUCUGACUGUUGCCCAUGACACCAUUCAGGCUACGGUUGUCACUGACGGUAAAGCUGUGAAGGUUGCAGAGAGUAUGCAGCAGCAAGUUACAGCAAAGCGUAGUGAGAUUGAUACACUACAGAGUGAUAUACACUGGCUCAAAGAAUGCUUGGAUAUUACAAGAAAGGAGAAAUCAACGUUAGUUGGAGAACGAGAUCAGUGCAAGACCCAGCUUACUGAGAUGAGUAGAAAUAUGAGCAAUUCAACGGAGGAGGUUCAGAGCCUGACAAGACAGAAGAUUGAGCAAAGAUCAGUCAUCGCUAAACUGAAUCAAUCUCUGAAAAAGGCUGCCAUAGAGCAUGGUGAGUGUAAGGGAGUCAUAGAGAGGCAGGAACAAGACCUAGCUAGGCUGAAACUCAAGCACCAGUUAGAUAUCAAGGAACUGCAACGAGCAAAAUCCUACAAAGAUGUUCCGACAAAAGUGAAAACUCAACUAAAGACACCCAUUGAACAUGAUACAGACAUAAAAAACAAAGCCCCAAACAUCGUCCAAACAACGUCCAGCAGGUUAGAGCAGAGCAAGAAAUUGAAUGACAUUGACAACAAGCCACCGGUUGGAGUCCAACCCAAUGAUUCAAGCACAAGAAAAUCAGCUGGUUUCAAAGCAGAGAUGUUCACUGCAGCUAAAGCAGAAAAAGAGCAAGUAGCUUCUUGUAGGAAAGGUCCACAAACGAAGCAGCCGAAUGCCACACUGAGAAGGAUGAUGACUGAUGAGGAUUUGAGGGUACUACUUCUUGAGAUGCAGAAGGUUGUCUCUGGACAACCAACCCUGGCCAGAGAGACAAAGUCUGGUCAACCAACCCUGGCCAGAGAGACAAAGUCUGGUCAACCAACCCUGGCCAGAGAGACAAUAUCUGGUCAACCAACCACGACUAGAGAGCCAAAGAAAACUGCAAAAUUAGCUGCUGUUACAACGGACUCAAUUAACACCAGAUAUAUCCAAGAUACGGUGAGUCACUCCAAGGAAUCUGGCUACAACACCAAAUCGGUGGACAAACAUAAAGGAGGUAUGACAGUGCCACUAUUAACCUCUUCCCCAGUGUUGGAACACCAUACACCAUUACUAGACAACCUUAGUCUACUUUCCUCCGUCCCAGAGUUCAACCCCAUUGGUAGGGUGAUCACACCGGAGCCAGAUUUCUUACAAAGGCCCCUAUCACCGGUUGCAAACCUACUCAGUGUGUCUCCACAGGGUACCAGUGAUUUCCUAUGGACAAUUAACAACACUUCUCAUAAUAAUAGCAGUCAGUCUGGCCCCUUAAGGUUUAUCCCUUUUGAGAGUCAAGGGAGGAGUAGGACACCAGAUGUGUUGAGUUUGGAUUCAGUAAGCACUUGUAGCAGCACUACAGACAGUUCCAUUAGUCUAGUAUCAUCAUCAUCACGUCGUGAAGACAUUGACAUGCAAGCUCAGAAAGAACAUCUUAAACGUUUACAAGAAAAACUGCAGAGUCUGAGUAAGAUGGGAGGACACCUGCAAAUAGAGAACAAAGAUAUGGCCAUCAUGAUCAAACAGCAGAGCUCGCAACUUAAGAAAGUCAGACAACAGGAACACAGUUUUCAGCAACUUGUCAAAAAGGGAAAAUAGCCAAUCCAAAUUCAUCUCCCUGG